UGUACUUUUUUACUUCGUGUCGUAGAACACUAAACAGUAUAAAGUAGACUCCACCUCCAAUCCCAUCCAUACAAAAACAAACUUCUGAUCUGAUCCCUCCAGUCAAUUCUACCACGUCUUCUGAUGGACGACAACACCUCUUCGACACCGUCUUUCCGCUACCGUUGGGACGUGUUCUUGAGUUUUAGAGGCGAAGACACUCGCCACAACUUCACGGAAAGUCUUUACAAAGAACUUGUAGGGAACGGCAUACGAACAUUUCGUGACGAAGAGGAGCUGGAGAGAGGAGAGGAGAUCGAUCCGAGCCUUUUGGAGGCCAUUCAGGACUCUGCAGUUGCUAUAGCUGUCAUUUCGACCAACUACGCUUCUUCAAGAUGGUGUCUGGAGGAGCUUGCCAGAAUAGUGGACUGCAGGAAGCUAAUUCUUCCGGUAUUUUACAACGCUGAUCCUUCGGAUGUAAGGAGGCAAAAAGGUCCAUUUGAGAAGGACUUUGUGAAGCUGGUGCAGAGUUUUGGUGAAGAUAAGGUUGCUCGAUGGAGGGGAGCGAUGCAGAAGGCCGGUGACAUCUCUGGCUGGGAUUCUAGAUUCUGGGACGAGCAGCAGUUAAUUCAAUCUUUGGUCAAGAGGGUUUUGUCUAAAUUGAGUAAAACUCCAUUAGGUGUGGCUAAAUACCCUGUUGGGCUCAGUUCUCGUCUAGAAGAAUUGAUGGGGAUUAUAGAUGUUAAAGCCAAUGGUGUACGAAUAGUAGGAUUACAUGGUAUAGGUGGAGUUGGAAAAACCACUCUUGCUGAGAGUCUGUAUAAUAAACUUGUUGUCCACUUCAAACACCGCAGCUUUAUUUCAAAUGUUAGGGAAACUGCAGGAAAAAGCAAUGGUUUAGUGGAUCUUCAAAACAAACUUAUUGAUGACUUGUCUUCAAAUAAAACAGAACAGGGAAAUGAUAUUAGCAGGAAUAUCUUAGAAAUCAAAAAUCUAAUCCAUGAGGAGCCAAUUUUGGUCGUUCUAGAUGAUGUUGGUGAUGUAAGACAACUCGAUGUAUUGGCUGUUAAGAGAAAUUGGUUUUAUGAAGGAAGUCGAAUCAUCAUCACUACAAGGGACAAAGAAAUUCUUGAUGAAAGCAUUGUGAAUACAUUUUAUGAAGUGAAACAGUUAAAUUUUCCUGAGUCCCUGGAAUUAUUUUGUUAUCAUGCAUUUGGAAGAGAGAAACCAACCAAAAAUUUUGCUGAUCUCUCAAAGCAAAUUGUGGAAAUUGCAGGAGGACUGCCUUUGGCGUUGGAAGUUUUUGGCUCCUUUUUGUUUGAUAAGAGGAGAAAAAUAGAAUGGGAAUCAGCGUUGCAAAAGUUGAAACAAAUACGUCCAGGUAAUCUGCAAGAUGUGUUGCGGAUAAGUUAUAAUGGCUUAGAUGAAGAAGAAAAGUGUGCAUUCCUUGACAUUGCAUGUUUCUUUGUUAACAUGAGGACAAGUAGAGAAUAUGCAAUUGAUAUAUUGAAGGGUUGUGGCUUCGGAGCUGAGAUAGUGAUGACAGUCCUUACUGCAAGAUCUCUGGUUAAAGUCAUUGGGGAUAAUGUUUUGUGGAUGCAUGAUCAACUGAGGGACAUGGGAAGGCAAAUUGUUCUGGAGGAAAAUUUUAUUGACCCUAGCCAGCGGAGUAGACUGUGGGAUCACAAUGAUGUUAUCAAGAUUUUGAAAAAUAAGAAGGGAACAAGAAAUAUUCAAGGCAUUGCUCUGGACAUUGAAAAGAGCAGGCAUGAGUUGAGCUCUGAGGAAGUUUUAUGGAAUAAAUUUAAGGAAAGGCCUGGUUUUACAUCUGCAAUUUUAUACUUGAAGGAAAUAUGCAAGAAACAUUUUCUUCCUGCUCCAGAUAAUGGGAAAGACGUGAUUUUGUGGACUAGUUCAUUUAAACCUAUGGUUGGUCUAAGGCUUCUUCAAAUCAAUAAUGCGAAAUUGAAUGGAAAUAUUAGAUACAUGCCUGCUGAUUUGAAGUGGUUGCAAUGGAAGGGAUGUUCUUUAAGAAGUCUUCCUCCCGAGUUUGUUCAACAUAUUGCUGUCCUUGAUCUGUCAGAAAGCAAAAUCACAAAGGUGGCGGAAUGGAGAUGGUGGAAUUGGUACAGAAGGAACAAGGCUGCUGAGAGGUUGUUGGUUAUGGAUCUUCAUGAUUGCUCCAAACUUACUGAGAUCACGGAUUCAUCUCUUCACCCUGUGUUGGAAAAGCUGAUUCUUGAGAAUUGCGUAAGUUUGGUUAAGAUCCCCAAUCACAUUGGUGACUUGAGUACGUUACGCAGUCUCAACCUAAAGAACUGUUCCCAGCUUGUUGAAUUUCCCAGUGAUGUCUCUGGAUUAAAGAAUCUUGAGACCCUUGUCCUCUCUGAUUGCUCAAAACUGAAAGAACUACCAGAGGAUAUGAGCAGUAUGAAAUCUUUAAGGGAGCUUCUCAUUGAUAGGACGGCAAUAACCAAACUGCCAGAGUCUACAUUCCGCCUCAAGAAACUUGAAAAGCUCAGUCUAAAAAGUUGCUGGUUAUUGAAACGACUUCCUGAUUGCAGAGUCAAACUGAAAUCACUAAAAGAACUUUCUCUAGAAGGUUCAGCCCUGGAAGAACCACCCCUUCUAGUAGGAUCAAUGGAAAGCCUUGAGAUUCUGAACCUAAUGAGGUGUCAAUCGCUUACAGCACUUCCUGAUUCCAUUGGUAAUCUCAAAUCAUUAGUACAACUUCUCCUUGAUGGUAUUUCAAUCAAAGAACUACCAGAUUCUAUUGGGUUGUUGUCCCAUUUGAAGUACCUGUCACUUAGUUACUGUCGAUCUCUGAACAAACUUCCUGAUUCCAUCAAAGGUCUAGUGUCAUUAGUUGAAUUUCAGUUGCAGUGUACACCAAUCAAAGAAGUUCCAGAUGAGGUUGGCUCCUUGAACUUGCUCAGGAAGCUUGAGAUGCAAUAUUGUGAAUCGCUCGAAUCUUUACCAGAAUCAAUUGGUAAGAUGUUGAAUAUUACAUCUUUGAACUUAGAAAAUACUAUGAUAACAGAGUUACCAGAGUCAAUAGGGAUGUUGGAAAGACUUAAUACAUUGAAACUGAAUAAGUGUAAGCAGCUGCAACGGUUACCAAGUUCGAUUGGAAAUUUAAAAAGUCUGCAGUACUUAUAUAUGGAAGAAACUUCUGUGAAAAAUUUACCAGAUGAAUUUGGGAUGCUUUCGAGCUUAACAAUAUUGAAAAUGAGAAAAGAACCUAAUACCGGACAGCCUCAAGACACUGGAGAAAACUCACUGAUGAGCAGUUCAACUACUCAACAAAGGCUUGAGUGUGUUCUGCCAUCUUCUUUCUCAAACCUCUCCUUGCUAAAACACUUGGAUGCCCGUGCUUGGAAAUUAUCUGGUGCAAUUCCUGAUGAAUUUGAGAAGCUGUCAUCACUGGAGAAAUUGGACUUGGGUUACAACAAUUUUUGCUGCCUCCCAUCCAGUCUGAGGGGUAUAUCAUAUCUGAAAGAACUAGUUUUGGCCAAUUGUAAACAGCUGAAGUCUCUUCCUCCACUUCCCUCAAGUCUGGUUAAAUUGAAUGUGGCAAACUGCACUGCAUUAGAGAACAUAUCCGAUCUGACAAUCUUGGCAAGUUUACGGGAACUUGAUCUUACAUGCUGCACCAAUAUCAAAAAUAUCCCAGGUCUUGAAUGCUUGAAGUCUUUGACGAAGUUAUACAUGGGUGGAUGCAAUGCCUGCUUUCCAGUAGUGAAGGGAAGACUUAAUAAGGUUGCUUUAAAGAAUUUGCGCAAUUUGAGUGUCCCAGGAAGCGAAAUUCCGGACUGGUUUGUGCAAGAGAUCCCUUGUUUUGCAAAUCGCAAAAACUAUUCAAUCAAAGGUAUUAUUAUAGGUGUCGUCUUUUCCCUUGAUCAGAGCAAUCAGGAUACUUUUAGAGACAAGCUACCAGGAAAUGUUGACAUUCGGGCGAGGAUAAUCCGGUCGGAUGGUUCAAGUUAUGCUACUGUACUAGAUUUGAGGGGGGUUCCUAACACAGAUGAAGAUCAACUCCACUUUUGUCGAUAUGCGGACUUUAGUGAACUGGUUAAAAUACUCAAAGAAGGUGACAAGUUACAGAUUGAAACACGAGAGCGACCAUAUUUUAAUGGGCUAACAUUGAAAAAAUAUGGGUUUCAUCUGGUUUUCGAAAACGAUGAUGAUUUUGAUGAGGAAGAUGACGAAGAAUCAUUAGAUGAGCACCAACAGUCAGUAUCAAUGAAACUAGUCAAGUUCAUUGGCUCUUUGUAAACCAAUCAGAUUUUUGCUCUCAGUUGAUCACUAGGCGAUAACAAGGACCUUUUAGGCAGCAUUUAAAGAGUCAGGAAGAGAGAUUUGGACAAGAAAUGGUGUUGAAAUGGAGGAAAGCUAUAGCAAAAAUUGGUGGUAUUUCUGGUUGGAUUUUCGUUUACAGGUAAUUGCUUAAUUCUCGUUGGGUUUUGUGAGCUUGGAAAGCUCAAUUGAACCCUACGUGCAUUUUAAUAUUCUUUAAUGGCCAAUGAACCCUUUUUACUUGCUGACUAGCUUAAAUAAGGGAAUUUAAUAAUCAAAUUCAAACUAGAGCCCUCAUGUGACUCAACUAUCUUUUUAUAAUAUAAUGUGCAUUAACAAA